GUGUCUAUACAAAGCCAUAUCCGUGCGUCUGCACGUACCCAGAAUAAUUUGAGCUUCGGUAUGCGCCAUCGCUUUAGUUGCCAGUUGAUUGUCAGUAGCAGAGUCGUAUAGAUGUGCCAUUUGAGUGCGCUCCAUCCGAACAUAUUGAGCGGCAUUAGAAAAGUAAAAUUAUUGCCAAAACAAGGAACGAUUUUAAAGAAUCACCAAGCGUGCGCGCAUAAACAGGCGGUGGACUAACAACGAAUUAAUAACCAAAACAAAAUAAAAACACAAAAAAAAAUAAAAAUAAAAAAAAAACGAAAAAUACCUACAUAAACAUAUGUUAUGUUUUAUAACUGUUUCACCUUAGUCAAAGGGACCGCAAAAAACUCAAGUGUCUGUGAAAAGUAAAGUGUUUUUUUUUUAAAUAUAAAAGUAACAUAAAUUAUAAAAUAGUUAAAUAAAAUUCUAAUAAAAUGACGAAAGUUGAACUCUAUAAAUCGCGUGUAUUCGUCACCAUAAUACACCUGUGCGCUUUGGGUCAAUUUGCUUAUGGCGUAUACUAUAAUAAAUUUGAGAUACAGCGCAGCUACAAAUUGGAAACGUCAUUGAAUCGGAGAUUAGUGCCAGAUGGUCUUAUGCAGAAGGCGAAGCUUUUAUCAUAUUGGAGUUUGAUUAUCCAAUCGAUUUACUACAUAAUUUCAUUAAUAAAUGACUUUGUGGGCACAAAUGAAGUCGCGCCGAAACACACACCCACUAUACGCAAAGUCAAGGAUUAUCUAAUGUCGACAUUGGCCUUCCCAGUGGCCUUGAAUGUGGGCAUAACCUUCUGGUCAUUGUAUGCCAUAGACCGCGAAUUGGUAUUCCCACGCGUGUUGGAUGCAGUGUUUCCAAGCUGGCUCAAUCACGUUUUGCACACCAAUAUCGUGGUCUUCAUCAUUCUGGAACUCUUCACAUCAUUCCGUGCCUAUCCCAAACGCAGCCAGGGUAUUGCUGGUCUUUCCGCUUUUAUGCUCAGCUAUCUUGUUUGGAUUCAUAUUGUCAAGCAUUACUCAGGUGUCUGGGUCUACCCGGUGCUUGAGGUGUUGCAGUUGCCGCAACGCAUUAUCUUCUUUGUUGCUGUGUUGGCCUUCACACUGUGUUUGUACCUGUUGGGCGAGUUCAUGAAUAAUAUUGUUUGGGCCAAGGAACUGAAGCUGGCGCAACGCAAAGUCAAAUAAAUUACUCUCCAACUCAGAUAUUUAAUAAUAUAUUGUAAUAUUUCAAAGGAUGGAACGACGAGUAAAUUUAUUUACAUAAUUCGAUUUGCACUUUGGAUAUUUGCAAAUGUAAAGCAAAGCAAAAAGAAACGGAUGGACAAAAUAAAUUAACAUAAAAUAAAGGAAAUUAAAUUUCUUAUGAUAUUUUAAACUUAAAGCUUUGCGAAAAUUUUCUAAAAUAUUAUAUAUUUAGUAUCUGCGAUAGAUCGAGUGAAACCAAAAAGGAAAACAAGUGAAAAUCUUACCAAAAUAAAUUUUGUGUAGUCAAUUCCUAUUUUAGAAAAAUAAAAUUUUCGAAGUGCUAAGUUGCAUGCUAAAUAUGUAUGUAUGUAAUAUAUUUUCUAGUAAUCUCAGUUAAUUCAACGAUAAAAAUUAAAAAAAUAUUUAUAGAGUCACAGUAAAUAACGUAAUUUAAUUCAUUUAUUCAAAAGCAUCAACGCAAACAAUUAUUAAAUGAUAUAUUUACAUCUGCACUUUAUAGCGUACUGGAGUUCGUUUUAAAAUUGUAGUUCUCUAAAGUGAAUAAUAAUGAUGAAAUUUAAAUAAAUGCUUUCAUUGCUAUAGAUUGUUUGAGGGCAACCAGUUUUAUUAAUAUAAAAUA